UAAUUUUGUUCUUUCCUUCCCCUAUCGCACUGAUCUGGCAACCCUCAAAAUGGCCACCACGGCCAUCCUUCGGCCGGUCGGUGCCAGGGCUGCAGCUUCAGGCCUGUCUCGAUGUUACGCUCGACGACCACGAGCUACCACGCCGCUCUCGCCUCUCUCCUCCUCUGCCUCCUCUCGCCUCGCUAUAUUCUCCUCCUCGCGUACCUUCUCCUCCAACUACCUCGUCACCCCAGCCGAGCUGAACGAUGCCCUCAAGAAAAACCCCCCCUCCCCCAUCAGCACCGACCCCCGCGUCAUUCCUCUCUGCGCGGCGUGGUUCAUGCCAAACGAUCCUGAGGGCCGUACCGGCAUCCAGGUCUUCCGCCAGCAACGCGUCCCCAAGGCCCGCUUCUUCGACCUCGACAAGGCCAUCGACAAGCACUCCGAGUACCCCCACAUGCUCCCCGGUCCCAAGACCUUUGCCGCCGCCAUGAGCGAGCUGGGCAUCCGCCGUGAGGACACCGUUGUUGUCUACGACACAAAGGAGCUGGGCAUCUUUAGCGCCCCCAGGGUCGCCUGGACCCUCAGGGUCUUUGGCCACCCCAAGGUCCAUCUGCUCAACAACUUCCGCCUCUGGGUCGACCAGGGCCUUCCCACCGAGGCUGGCGAGCUGUACAACGUCGAGUGCCACCCCUACCCGAUCCCCGAGAUGGACGCCGACAAGGUCGCCAGCUUCGAGGACGUCAGGGAGGUCGCCCUCGACCAUAACAAGGAGGGCGCUGAGGGCGUGCAGAUCAUCGACGCCAGGAGCCACGGCCGCUGGACCGGUGCCGACCCGGAGCCCCGGCCCGGUCUGUCCUCCGGUCACAUGCCCGGCUCCAUCAACAUCCCCUUCAACGAGGUGCUCGACCCGGAGACUAGGGCCUUUCUGCCCAAAGACCAGCUGAGGAAGCUCUUUGAGGAUAAGGGUGUCGACCCCAACAAGCCCGUCAUUUCUAGCUGCGGUACGGGUGUCACUGCCGUUGUCAUCGAGACGGCACUCACCGAGGCAGGAUAUGGAAACCCGGAGACGCGCAGGGUUUACGACGGUAGCUGGACGGAGUGGGCUCAGAGGGUUCGACCAUCCGACUCACUUAUACGGAAAUCAUCCGAGCCUUGAAGAAGAAACAAAUAAAAACACUGGCCACCACCAGAGAUCGGAAUCACUGCUAGUUCUGGGCUGAGCUGCGUUUUGGGCUACGUUCAGUGGUAAGACCGGGAAGGGCUGGGAGCGAGGGGGGUUUCGAGUAAGGGUUGUUGUGUGCGGUCAUGGAAGGCGUUAGGAUACCCUCCAUUUGCUUCAUUCGUCGUCAUUUCGACUGGCCCUUAGACGCUGCCACAAGAUAAGCAGGGUGGGAAAGUUCUUCUCUUUUUUCUUCCUACAUGUGUACCAGACAGGGCCGCAUUACAGCAGCGGUCCCUUUCCGCAAAUUUUGAUUGCGCUGGUUUUAUUCCCUUCAAAAAAAGCUUCUCUGCUCGCCAUCUACCACAUACACACCAUCACUGCGCCUCUCCCUAAUUGGUACAAGUGCGCAUCUGACAAGGCGAGGCGAGGGGAGAGUGGAGAGUGAAUGAAGGACAGAGAGAGAUGAGUUAUCUUCUCUUCCAGGAGAGGAGGAGGGUGAGGUCGAGGUCGAGGGGCCAUUGCCCAGACAAUUAUAUCUACCUCUUGAGCGCCAACAGUCCACAAGAAGAAAUAUCUAGCUCUUUCUCUUGCUACUGCUCCUUCCAGACAUUGGCGUGGAUAUGUUCCGGCUGCACAGAGACGUAUUCCGAGGCCGGGCCGUCCCCAUUCUCGCUAUCAGACCUCGGGCUCGGCUGGUAGCUGCUGGACUGCCAGGCCGAGAGCUCAUCCACACGGCGCAUGCCCAUCAUCCAGCCCACCAGAGACCGCGGGACAAACCUGCCCACAAAACCGUACAGGUCCGCGCCCAGUCCGACCCUCACGACGCUGCUGGUGUUGGACCCGUCGAUGACAUCAAAGACGGUGUGAUGCAGGUCCCGCAGCGAGCUUCCUCGCAGGCCACGGACCCGACCAGCCGAGAUGGCCGAGGACGAGGUGCUCACAAAGUUGCGCCCGUAGGUGUGGCGUGCGGCCUCGGGCCAUGCGAGCGUCUCGGCAGAGCUC